GUAAGAGAAGGCUUAGCUCCAGUAAUCUGCCUGUCAGCUCAGCACUAUCUGCGGACGGAUACUCACCACGCGGCUCUGAGGUCAUGUGGCCCCAGCAGGCGGCGCAGUGUGCUGAUGUAACGGAGCUGCAGAGACCGUCACACCCGGGACACCAGGAAGUUUUACCCGGAGGCUCGGAAGCACGUCCCCCAGUUUUUUUGUCAGUAUGACAGUUUUGUGAAACAUGGACAUUGACGAUUACCAUGAUCAGCUCCAGAGGGACGCCCACUUCCUGUGCUCAGAUCAGAGGAUGGACACUGAACUGGUGGACAGAUUGGUGCUGCAGCUAAACAGGAUCUACCCCCAGAUACUCAGUGACAAGGAAGCCCAAGGGUUCAGGAAGCUGAGUGUUCCCACCAAGACGCGGUUAGCCGAUCUGUUGAAGCACCUGCAUGGGAAGGGCGAGGAGGCAUGUCAUGAAUUCUACAGAGGACUUCAUAUCCACGCUGAGGAUGUCUACACCAGCCUGCCCACCAGAGUCAUACAGAGAGAAAUGGCUGAUCAAAAGUUGUCGAGCACUGUGGCGAUCCACCAAGAGCGAUUUGUGCUGAAUAACAGAGGACCAAUGUUCUUCCUGAGCUGUUUCAGUUUUGCAGUUGGAAUUGCAAUACUUUACUAUUACGGAGAGGGUGAUACACUGAGAAGCACCGGCCCGUUUCUUCCCUGCUCUGCAGCAAAAUUUAGUAAAGGCGCUAAAGAUGUUUUUAUAUGCUAUUCUGAGGUUGGCAAGCGAAAAAAAGGAGGCCGUUAGAUGUUGAAAUGCUUAAGGCGCUGUGAGAAGAACAAGCUGUGAAAUUUGCCACUUUGCUGUGCCAAACUCACACACACUUUGAAAGCUAAAAAUGACAUGCAUUUGUAAACACUAAUUGACUUGUUUUUUAAUCUGAAGCCGACAUUAUGUGUGUCGUUCUGUCUAGAAAUUCCCACAGCUGACGUUGCUUUACAUGGAUUUUUGGAAAGAAUCUUAUCUUACUGUAUUGUGCGUACAAAACAAUAAUAAUUCCUAUCACAUUUUCAGCUAACAUCAAGCGGAAUAAUAAGUGAGAAAUUGUACACCCACACAGCUGUUCUCAAACACUCACAGACAGACUAAACUGCUCAGGUAGAAGUUGGGAGGAGCUAUUCAGGGAAUCACAUCAUGUCUACAAAAUAUGCGUCAACACGAAUUACAGAGGGUGAGGUUGUCCCUCUAGGAAACUAAACCAACAGGAUGAAGGAUAUCUCAAUGCAACACAGCUUGUUGAGACACCCACACACACACACAUACGCCUGUGUUGAAAGGUUUGAUUCGACAGAGCUCUGCAUACUUUAACACAGUUUCUAAAACACAAAAUAGAUAAGUCCAACCGCUCACACACUCUCAGUGCCUUUAUUAAUACUGUGAUAAUGUUGUUGGAAAUCUAAAGACUAAAGUGCAAUGUAAUCAUGUUCAUCAUUUGCUCAA